CUAUACACCCCCAAACACUCUAUUACAAUGGCUCCAAAGACUAAGACCGCUAUCGUCGCAGCCCCAGCUGCUGACUCUAAGACCUCAUACAAGGACAAGAUCAAGACCGCCGUCACCAUCUUGAAGGAAAGAAAUGGUUCUUCUCGCCAGGCUAUCAAGAAGUACAUCCAGGCCAACUUUGACUCCAAGGCUCCUAACUUCGACUCCCAGUUCAACUUGGCCUUGAGAAGAGGUGUUGAAACCGGUGAAUUCAUUCAGCCAAAGGGCGCCUCUGGUCCAGUUAAGUUGGCCAAGAAGGAAGCCAAGAAAGCCGCCCCAAAGAAGGCCGUUGUCAAGAAGGAUGCCCCUGUUAAGGCUGCUCCAAAGAAGGUUGCCGCCAAGAAGGAGGUUGCUCCAAAGAAGGCUGCCGUCAAGAAGGCUGCUGCUCCAGUUAAGGCUGCCCCAGCUAAGAAGGAAGCUGCCCCAAAGAAGGCUGCCCCAGCGAAGAAGACCGCGCCAGCUAAGAAGGCUGCCCCAGCCAAGAAAGCUGCUGCUAAGAAGGAAGCUCCAAAGAAGGUUGUGAAGAAGACUGCUGCUCCAAAGAAGAAGGUCGCCGCCAAGAAAUAAGCAUGACCACUUUACUCCAGUCUGUUUAUGUAUAUUAGCUUCUUUAGUUCUUGACUCACGUGUCGCAACGUUCCCGGACGUGCUCAGCCACCCGGAACACUGCCGUUUCUUCUCUGCCCUUUAACUCCCUUUUUGUACUUUUAGUUUUUUCUUAUUGAUGUCCUUUUUUUUUUUUUUUAGGUAGGAUACUCUUUCGGUUUCUUUUCUCUUGUUACGUG